CACACAGCAAGUUGAGAUUGCCAUGUCCAGUGGAUGCUCAACAACGCAAUAUUUGCUUCUUUUAGUCAAGUCAAGAAGUCGGAUCGCAACGAAGCAACAUUGACCAAUGGGAAGAACCAAAUGGCUUUACGAACUAUGGUUUCAUGAUGGCGAUAGCCAUUUGUUAUCAGGCGAUUGAGCCACAAAGAAUCUAGGAGAUGCAUGUUGGAAUGGGGCAUCACAAUCACUAAGCAUAUUCCAUCUGACAGUCUCACUUGAUCGCCUCGCUUAUCUCCGCUGGUCCCGUUAGGACCCAUCGCUUCGAAUAACCGCCGACGACUCGCAAAACCCUCGGCACGAAAUUAGCAAUGGAACCGAAGUGAUGCAUCUCUUCUCUUCUCGUGUGCCACCUAGCCACCCACCCAUUCAUUGAUCUGCAGGCGGGCAAAUGCAUCUUAUUAACAACGUUCAAGCAGCAUUUUCUCCACUCCGAACCCAUCAACAUGAUUAAUCGCCUUUUCUAUUGCCGGUGUUAUGGUCGUUUCUAUUCAUCUUGUUUUGAUGCGUAGCGCUCCUGUCAUCUUGGUUCUUUUUACAAAGCACUCUGCGUUCAUACCCAAAAGUAACAAUAACAUCACACAUAUCCCGUGCUUCCACAUUUACUCCUAGUCGACAAACUCAUAUCCAUGCGGAACAUCGAUCCUUAGUUUGGCGGCUCUAUAAUCCAUCGUCAUGGGAGAGGGGGCUCAGCGAAGAGAAGUCAGCUAUCGAUCUGCAUGCACAGAAUGUGCACGCCGCAAGCAAAGGGUAACAAACCCCAAACUUGGCCAUUUACAGAACGGCCGGCAAGUUGCUAUGCAUUCAUUCUGAAAAUGCUAAACAUAUACCCAGUGCAACCGUGAGUGGCCAUGCAGCGGAUGUCAGAAACGCAAGGUGGCCGACAAAUGUCGUUUCAAGGACACCAACCAGCCAACUGCUGACAGGGUUGCCUUGGAUAGGCAGAGAAAGAAUCGUACCAACAACAAAACCGGCCCGGACUCAGGAGACGAAGUCGACAUUGAAGGCACAAGAAGUGAUGAUAUUGACACUUUGGGUUAUAUGCCUUCCAAUCUUAUUUUUGAUCUGACGUCGGAACAAGAGACCACCAGGAGUGCAUCACAAGAAUUCGUGAAGGAUUUUAGAAGUUUUCCACAACUUGAAAGAGCUCUAAGAGUCAUUCCCGCCAGGCCUUUUACCGACACACUUGUCCAGAACUUCCUCAGCAAUGUCAACUACCACUACUACAUCGUCUAUCCGCCAUCUUUCAUAGAGCAAUAUCAACUGUGGUGGACAGCACGAACCGAGAACCGCCCUCUUAGCGUCCAAUGGACUUGCCUUCUCCUAACAAUUUGCGCAUGUGCCUCGCAGUAUACCGAUGUCGAAUUGCAGCGGAAUCUUGAGGUUGGCCUUGGUUUUUCGAUCCAGCGUAUAAGUGAGCGGUUUCAUGAAGCUGCCCGAGAGCUGGGAAGUGCUAUAUCCCUUGGUCAUGGCCACAUUAUCAAUGUCCAGCAACUCCUGCAUUCUUGUUACUGGUUCAAGGCCGAAGCCCGUUUUAUCGAAUGUUGGCAUGUUUUGAACGCUGCUAUUCGAGAGGCCCAAGAACUAUCCAUCCAUCAAGAAGGCAAGGCAGGCCCCAUCUCAGAAUUUGACUUGGAAGUAAGACGGAGAAUCUGGUGCAUUCUGGACACUUGGGACUGGCAAAUUUCGACACUGUUGGGUAGGCCUAUGAUUAUCGACCGAGCCGACUGCGAUGUCAGUCUUCCAAGUCUCGGCUUGGAAGGAUGCCAAUACUCGCCUCUAUUACACAUGAAGAUGCAAUGCAGCGUAAUACGACAACUUUCUAGAAGAUUCGGCUCGCCGAAAAACGUUAUGACCCAUGCAGAUGUUCAGGAAUACCAGAGCAUCAUUGAGACAUGGAUCGCAACCUUUCCACCUCCCUUCAACGUCCAGCAUCCGGACAGGUCUUCAGACGCUUCGUGUCCCUGGAUGGUCCUUCACAGACAUAUACUGCAUACUGUGGCAUUUUCAAUGCUUCUACAGCCUAUCCGUGGUUUCCUUACAAGACCCUUUGCUAUAGGAUCCUUAGAGGCAGAGCUGCAAAUACGCAGCGACGGCAUCAACUAUUGUCUAGAGCUGAUGGCGUCUUUGCGUAGAUUUUUCAAAUAUGUCUACCCCCGAGAUGCGAAGUUCCAUUUUGUUCUCUUUUGUAUUUUCGACAUCUCGACAGUCUUAUGCUCAGCAGUUCUUCAUGAUGAGCAUCAUACACUUCCUCGACGAGACGAUGUUUACAAAGCCAUCGAUGAGGCGCAUGCCAUGUUGCAGGAGCUUAGGAUGGUGACUAAAUCAGCCAAGGCAUCAUACGGGAUCCUCACUCGAAUCGUUCAGCGUCUCCCACGGCCAACAACAACGCAUAACAUGGCUAGCAAAAGCCCUGUGCCCUCGAGACCCCAAGCUCCCCCAGAAGCUGCUGCAUCGCCACAAACACUAUCGCCAGGCAGCGUAUCACAUUCCCAAAAUUCCCCUCCGGCGGCAACUUUCUCACCUUCCCCCGUUAUUAUCCCUACACCAGGGGCAGUGUCUCCAGUAUACACCUUGGGAGGUGUUCCUGUCGUGGGUGGUGACUUUGCGCCUCCCAUUGCAUACGCUGCUACUGCACCAUGUUCUGACUGGCAGCCACAAUUGUACAUGCAGAACCCAACAGGUUUCGUGCCCGCCGACCUGCCCCCUGAGGGGGGCCCUGUGUUCGCGAACAUCUCGGACGAAGAGCUGGGAGAAUUGGCCAAUUUAUGGAAUUACCAGUCUCUUGACUUCAGUUUCAUGAGCACAUAGUUAUGCGUCCGGUGUGCCUAUAGCAUGGGUACAAGGCCAUAUCUGGCUGAAAUCUUGACGGACAUGGAGUGAUAAACCAGGCAACACUGGAGAUUGCUCAGUGCAAUCCUCAAGAUGAUAGGACUACGUGGUGUUUAUGAUAGCUAUGGGAUAUUCGACGCACCAAUGAGUUGCUCCUCUUUGGGAUCAUAAGAUUUAUCAGCGCCAGGACGCUUUGAUAUAUGACAGCCUGCCAAAGCGUGUCGCUCAUGGUAUAGCCAAUAUUCGCAGUGAGCAACACGCUUGGACUAUGAUGUGUAGCGUGACGAAAUGAGUAGGACUUACGGAUUUACGAAAUCAUGAAAGAAAUUCAUUGCUAUAGACUGGCAAAAACAUGUGAAAGUUUACGAGAGGGCUGCUCAAACGAGAACUGGGGUGAUUCAUAUGACAGGUUCGACUUUGCAAGCAGAGAUUGUAAAACCACGAAGUGGUUGUCGAGAUGUACCGCUCUAGGUUCGGUUUUGGUCAUCUCGCAAGAUCAGAUCACGCAUUUGGGGAAGUUGUGAUGAGAUGAUGACAACAUACGCCGUGAACUUAUGCUGCUUCAAGAGAUGAAUAAUUGAAGCUUCACAGAACUCCAGAGGAUAGGAACACCCAUGCCCACCACAUUAUGUUUUUUAUUUAUAAUCAAUGCCUGUCUACCCCUGUGUAAUGCAAUAUACCUUAGUGCUCUGAACGAUACCAAUCUAUAAUAGCACAAUAAACCCAGCAUGUCG